AUGGCUUUAAGAGUAGCAAAUAGUGGUUACAGCACCAUUGCAGCCGAUGCAGCAUUUGUCAUAGCAAGUGUCCCGCCACUAAGCAUAAAAGCCGAGGAAAGAGUACAUCGGCAUAAUGGCAUGGAAACUACUGAAGCAGAGAAUAGACUACUAGAUCAGUGGCAAGAAAGAUGGUCAAGCAGUCAGAAGGGAGCAUGUACAAGGACUCUCAUCCCUGAUGUUGCUCAGUGGGUCAAAAGAAGACAUGGCGAACCGAAUUUCUUCCUUACACAGUUUCUCCCUGGGCAUGGGGAUUUCCAAAAAUACCUAUUUCGUAUGCAGAAAACAGAAUCCGAGAACUGCAGAUACUGA